AUGGAGACGUCUGCACAGCGUCUGAUUUCAUCUUCCUUUGAAUCCUACUCCACUCCAGGACUAUGCCAAUCUGUGACCAUGCUCCCACCAGCUGUUCGCCUUCUGCCCCUCCUACUGGUGAUAGGCACAGGGGGUCCUGUGCCCAGACCCCGGUCACCUCCCCAGGGCUGCUACAUGGCAGAGGAAGCUGGUGAGAGGACAUUCCGCUGCAGCCAGGCAGGCUUGAGUGCUGUGCCCACGGGCAUCCCCAAUGACACCCGCAAGCUCUUCCUGGAUGCCAACCAGCUGGCAUCACUGCCAGCUGGUGCCUUCCAGCACCUGUCCAUCCUGGAAGAGCUGGAUCUGUCCCAUAAUGCCCUUGCCCACCUCUCAGGGGCUGCUUUCCAGGGUCUGGCAGGCACUCUACGCCACCUCGACCUCUCUGCCAACCAGUUGGCCUCGGUGCCUGUGGAGGCCUUUGUGGGGCUGCAGAUCCAAGUGAACCUGUCUGCCAACCCAUGGCGCUGUGACUGUGCCCUCCAGGAAGUGCUCAGGCAGGUGAGGCUGGCCCCAGGCACUGGGACAGGCAUCGUGUGCGGCCCAGGAGCCCGACCAGACCUUGUAGGGCAGGAGUUCCUGCUGCUGGCUGGGGAAGAAGAGCUGUGUGGGACAGGGCGGGGAGGGGCUCAGAGGAGCACUGACGUGGCCCUGCUGGUCACCAUGGGGGGCUGGCUGACACUGGUGGUGGCUUAUCUGGUCCACUAUGUGUGGCAGAACCAGGAUGAGACCCGGCGCCCUCUCAAAAGAGUCCCUGUGCUGCAAGUACGCUCUGAGGACUCCUCCACCCUCAGCACGGUGGUCUGA